UUAAUAGUGGACGCGGAGCCGUCGCCGCGCGUUCUAGGAACGCGUUUGUUCCCGACACAAUAGACGAAUUAUCGAUCCUUCGCGUGAAGAGAGUAUGUCCGAUCAAGAGAAGAUCGCGGAAACGGCGGCCGCGAACGAGCCGAUUAAGUUUGAGAGCGCGGUGCCGAAAAUCAGGCAGCAGUUGCUAAAAUGGAACGGCUGGGGUUACAAGGAUUCCGGGUUUCACGUAAACGACAAGUUGCUGAUAGAGUUCACCGGUAACAGAUAUCCCAUUGGAAAUCAGGAAUUGCCAUACUUCACAAAAUGGUGCGAAAAGACCUUCGAUAUAACAUGGGACAUGAAGCAGGGUCCUCAAAAUUUACCGACGCACUUUCCAGAACCAAUACUUUCGACGGAAUUAUUGAAAGCGAUCGAAGAGCUGAGGAUCGACCAUUCGACCGAUGGCGUCGAUCGUCUGUUUCGAGCACACGGUCAUACACUGCGAGAAGUUUAUCUUUUGAAACGCGGCUCUUUCGAAAGAAUACCGGAUAUCGUUAUAUGGCCGAAGUGUCACGAUGACGUCGUCAGGAUUGUCAAUAUGUGUGUGCGUUAUGGGGCCGUUUGUAUACCAUUCGGUGGUGGAACCAGCGUCAGCCGCGCGGCGUGCUGUCCCCCAGACGAACGCCGAGCGAUAAUUUCAUUAGAUACGUCGCAGAUGAAUCGGAUAUUAUGGAUAGACAGAGAUAAUUUGUUAAUAUGUUGCGAAUCGGGUAUUAUCGGACAAGAUCUGGAGCGAAUGCUUCGACUUCAAGGAUUCACGUGCGGCCACGAGCCCGAUUCUUAUGAAUUCUCCAGUUUAGGUGGAUGGGUGGCGACUAGGGCGAGCGGCAUGAAAAAGAACACAUAUGGCAAUAUCGAGGAUUUGGUCGUGCGAAUGCGAAUGGUCACCGGCAGAACGGAAGAUCCAGUUAUCACAUUGGAAAAGGGUACUUUGGUGCCACGUACGUCUUGCGGCCCGGACUUUGAUCACACAAUUCUCGGCAGCGAAGGAACUCUUGGUGUCAUCACGGAAGUCGUAUUGAAAAUAAGACCGUUACCGCGAGUAGUGAAAUACGGAAGUAUUGUGUUCCCGAAUUUUCAAAGUGGCGUUCAAGCGUUACGAGAGAUCGCAAAGGAACGAUGUCAACCUGCUAGCAUACGCCUAAUGGACAACGAACAAUUUCAAAUGGGACAAACUCUACGCCCGCAGGCCGGCUGGGGUGGUCUGAUAUUGCAAGGACUUAAACAAAUGUACAUCACCAAAAUAAAAGGUUUCCGAUGGGAUCAGAUAUGCGUGGCCACGUUGUUGAUGGAGGGCGACGUGGCGGCGGACCUCGCGGCUCAGGAACGGAAAAUUUACAAAAUAGCCGACAAGCAUGGCGGCAUUCCGGCAGGCGAAGCGAAUGGCGAACGUGGUUAUAUGUUAACGUUCGUGAUAGCAUACAUCCGCGACCUCGGACUCGAGUUUAAUGUGUUAGCGGAAUCCUUCGAGACUUCUGUUUCUUGGAAUCGCGCGUUAUCGCUCUGCAGAAAUGUUAAGUCUCGUAUAGCCAGAGAGUGUCAUGCGCGCGGCGUAUGCAAAUAUUUUAUUUCCUGUCGCGUCACGCAGACGUAUGAUGCAGGUUGCUGCGUAUACUUUUACAUGGCGAUCAAUUACUUGGGCAUAAAGAACCCCGUUGAAACUUACGAAACCAUUGAGCAUGCGGCGCGUGAAGAAAUACUCGCGAGUGGUGGAUCUCUUUCCCAUCAUCACGGAGUAGGCAAAAUACGGGCAUCCUUUUAUCCCGAGGCCGUUGGGGAAGCCGGUGUUUCCCUUUAUCGAGCGACCAAGGCACACUUAGAUCCGCAUAAUAUAUUCGCAACUGGUAACUUGGUUUCAGGGUAUAAAUCAAAAUUGUAAAUCGUACGCAUCGUGAAGCUAUAUGUGUGGCACUUGAGAAUAAUUUGUAGAGUUAUUCCAUACUCUAUUAAUGUGACGGUUUGCCAAUAUCUUAAACUCAUUGUCAUGGACAAUAUGGUCAUCGCGGCAGAUUGAUGCGAUUUCGCAUACUUUGAUGGAAAGUUAUGGUAUCUCAUCAACUUGUUAUUAGGAUUAUUCUGAGCGCAAUGUCUUUUAACGAAUCUCGUUGACGAAAUGCCGUUACUAGAGGAUAAUUCAGAGAAAAAAUUCGAUAUUUCUCUUAUCAAUAGAAAUAUGUAAAUGCACAUAGAUAGCGAAUAUUUUGAGGCAAUGGUACUGUCUGGUAUUGUCCUUUGCUAACUCGCCAUAAUAGGUAUAGAAAAUGAGAGAAAGAAAGAAAAAAGAGAGAGACUAGUAUACAUUAUAAAUAAUAAUUAUGCACCAUGGCGUUGUUUGGUACAAAUGCGGAAUUGUAAUAAUUGUAUCGGCAUUUUUAUAAAUUAUUAUAACUAAACAAAA